UUCAGGAUUCAGGCUGAGUUGUCUUGAUGAUUAGAACUUAGGCUCCAAGGAGAAGCCCCAAGGCCAAGGGGAUCGAACAUAACAACCAGUGGGAGCCUUGCUGACCUCUGGAGAAUGUGGGCCGGUUGUAAGAUCUUAAUCCUUGCUUAUCUCACCACAGAAAUUUGGAUGGAGAGACAGUAUUUUUCACAACAAGAAGUGGACCCAGGAGCUGAGUUCACUAGGAAUCACACCAUUUUGGAAGGUACUCGAUUCAAAAGAGCUGCUUUCGAAGGGCAGUACUGUAGAAGUUUUGGUUGCUGUGAAGACAGAGAUGAUGGCUGUGUGACUCGGUUCUAUGAAGCAGAUGCGCUGUGUUACUGUGAUAAAUUCUGUGAAAGGGAAAAUUCUGACUGCUGUCCUGAUUACAAGUCAUUUUGCCAUGAAGAAAAGGGAUGGCCUCCUCACACAAAGCCUUGGUUCCCAGAAGGCUGCCACAGAGAUGGUCAACAUUAUGAAGAAGGAUCAAUAAUUAAAGAAAACUGCAAUUCCUGCACCUGCUCAGGACAGCAGUGGAAAUGUUCCCAGCAUGUAUGCCUUGUUCAACCAGGAUUAAUUGAACAUGUCAAUAAAGGAGACUAUGGAUGGACAGCCCAGAACUAUAGCCAGUUCUGGGGAAUGACAUUAGAGGAGGGUUUCAAAUACCGCCUUGGCACCUUACCACCCAGCCCCCUGCUUCUGAGCAUGAACGAAGUGACCCCUUCUUUACCUGAAACUACUGAUCUUCCAGAAUUCUUUAUUGCAUCUUACAAAUGGCCUGGAUGGACCCAUAGCCCUUUGGAUCAAAAAAAUUGUGCUGCAUCCUGGGCUUUUUCCACUGCAAGUGUGGCAGCUGACCGCAUAGCAAUUCAGUCCCAAGGUCGAUACACCGCCAACCUAUCCCCUCAGAAUUUGAUCUCUUGCUGUGCCAAGAAGCGCCAUGGAUGCAAUAGCGGAAGUGUUGAUAGGGCUUGGUGGUACCUGAGAAAACGUGGACUGGUAUCCCAUGCGUGCUAUCCACUUUUCAAGGACCAAAAUGCAACCAACAAUGGCUGCGCCAUGGCAAGUAGGUCUGAUGGACGGGGGAAGCGGCAUGCCACAACCCCAUGUCCCAACAGCAUCGAGAAAUCCAAUAGGAUCUACCAGUGUUCUCCUCCAUACAGGGUCUCUUCCAACGAAACUGAGAUCAUGAGAGAAAUCAUGCAAAAUGGACCAGUUCAAGCUAUAAUGCAAGUUCAUGAGGAUUUCUUCAAUUAUAAGACAGGGAUAUAUAGACACAUUACCAGCACAAAUGAAGACUCAGAAAAAUACCGAAAGUUUCGGACACAUGCAGUCAAACUCACUGGAUGGGGCACACUAAGAGGAGCACAGGGGCAGAAAGAAAAAUUUUGGAAGGAUGAGAGAGAGGAUGAGGAAGUAUCACAAUCUGAAGAACUGAUGGUCACAAGUUUCCCAAAACUGAGAGACAUCCACCUAAGUUCAGGAAGCUCAAUAAACUCCAAAUUGCUGCCAAUUCCUGGGGAAAGUCCUGGGGAGAAAAUGGCUAUUUUAGGAUUCUUCGAGGAGUAAAUGAGUCUGACAUUGAAAAGUUGAUUAUCGCAGCUUGGGGCCAGCUGACAAGUGCAGAUGAACCAUAGAAUAUCAUUAAAUUUCCAUCAGGCCAAGCAUUCAAGUCACCCUUUAAAUUGAAAUUAAGCCAUGUGAGGUUCUCUGUGACAGUGCAGUCUUGGCCUUUUCACCUUGUUAUCACAACCUGCAUGUUUUCUUGUUUCACCCCAGGCCCUAAGCUUUCCUUUAUGUCGCUGAGAGUGUAAAAACACUAACAGAGGACAGCAGAGGGACUGAAUGCCUUUUAAGUUCCCCAGUAGCCUUCAUGUCCCUCGCAUGACAAUGUUCUUUUUGACUUUGAUCAUUUGCAAACAGUGUGAUGGCAUUUGUUUUAAAAGUUCAUAGCAUUUGUUUGUGGAAGUGACCCGGUUUCUCUCUCUUUGAGCAAUGAGGAUGUCAGACAACAAAAAGCACUGAAAACCAGUUUGCCAUCAUUUACAAUUAUUUUCAGCCCAAUAAUGCUUUCUUAAUUCCAACAGUGUUUAUGAUUUGCUAAAAAGCAGUGGAAAUAUAUUGUUUCUCUCAGUAAGCUCACAUUUUGGUUCUUUUCAUUCAUCUAAACUGAGCUUGCAAUCUAACUCAAAGGGAGAGUCACUACCAUAGGAAAGAACUACUCUUUACCCUACUAUGUAAUUGCUUAUGAUGUGGGGAAGAUAAUAAGUAACAAAAAAACUUAGAUGCUGACAAUGGAAGUACAGUCUUAAUGUGUAUGUAGGACACACACUCCUAUUUUUGAAAACCAGUGCACUUGGUGUAAAGUUUAUUAAAAUGAGCUGCAAAACUGUAUUUGGCAAGAUCACAUAUUUACCCCCUAAAACAGCAACCUGAUGUCAUGACUCAGAAUGAAUAAAUAUACUUUAUCACAACCAUUUCACAAUUUGCUGCUGGAGAUGCUAAAAAAUAAGCUCAGUUGUCACAAAUUUGUAUCUAAUUUCAGUUCUCAAUAGUCAGAGAAACAAAAAUAGCCUCAUCAUCCUUGUUGGGAAGGGAUGCAAUCUUCUAAUAAUUCACUGACAUCUUGAAUGACAAACUAAUAAAUGAAGAAGCAAAGCUGACCUGUCAGUGAGCCUGGCGGAUUAUAAUGACAAUGGUGGGAUACCCAUGACCUUCACUUCUGGGCCUUCUAUUGUCUGGAUUUCCAGUGUAGAGCUCUUUUAUGUGGUCGCAUCCAACAAUUCCCUGGUUAGAUGAGCUAGAUGUGCUGAAAAUGUGAGAGAAUGGAAUACAAAAUUGUGAAGUGCUGCUGCAAUGGUUGUUUUCUCCAUUAAUCUCUGCUGUGUCAUCAGAAGAGGCAUCUAUUCACUUAGUUCUCCCCUAGAAACCAUACAGGAGUCUCAUUCACCUUGUUGUGGUUGGUUGAUGUGCAUAUAUAUAUGCGUAUGUACAUAUGUGUAUGUACACACAUAUAUAUGUUUGUAUGUACAUAUAUAUAUAAUGUAAUAUAUAAUAUUACUCAGCCAAGAAAAAAGAAAUAAUGCCAUUUGCAAUAACAGAUGUAUUUAGAGAUUAUCAUCCUAAGUGAAAUAAAUGGAGAAAGACAAAUGCCAUAUGAUAUCACUUCUAUGUCAAAUCUAGAGAAUAUUUAAAUGAACUUAUUUACAAAACAGAAACAGACAUAGAGAUACAGAAGACAAAUUUAUGGUUACCAAAGUACAAAGUUGAGGAAGGGAUAAAUUAGGAGGUUGGGAUUAACAGAUAUAUACUACUGUGUAUAAAACAGAUAAAUAACAAGGACCUAAUGUAUAACACACAGAAGUAUA